UCCCCUGGUUGGCUGAGGACUGGAAAGGUCCAACCAAUGUUUUUGAGUUGCUUUAGUGGCUGCGGCUCCCUAAUUAAUUGCAGCUAUCUGUCUCCUAUCGAUGUGUGUGUACAUGUGUGUUGUGUGUGUGUGUGUGUUUCCUUUUUUCUCCCCAAACCGAACAUGAAAUAGUUUGUUGGGCUAUACUUUCUUUCUUCCUAUCUAUCCCCCCUUCCUUCCUUCCCGUCCUGGUUCGCAGCAGAGACAGGACAGAUUGAAGCCCAGCUGUGUUCGUCGCUUUUGCUCGUUGCCAUUUUCCCCCCUCAUUGCCCGGUGAUGUUGGAUAUGGGAGAGCGCAAAGAGGUGAAAAUGAUUCCUAAAUCGUCGUUCAGUAUAAACAGUUUGGUACCCGAGGCCGUGCAAAGCGACAACAACAACCAGCAGAACCAGCACCACCACCAGAACCACCACCACCACCACCAGAACCACCUCCACCGGCCCGGCGGCGCCGACGAAGCCGAGCAGAAGGCGCCUCUCCCGGCCGCGCAGCCGGACCCCAAAGCGGAGCCGAAAAGUGAGUCUCCGAGUCAGGAGAGCUGCGGGGAGGAGAAGGACAAGCAGGAGGACAAGAAGGACGGCAAGGAGGCGGACGGAGGGUCCGGGGGGAAGGACGGAGAGAAGAAGAGCGGCAAGUACGAGAAGCCUCCGUUCAGCUACAACGCGCUGAUCAUGAUGGCCAUCCGGCAGAGCCCCGAGAAGAGGCUGACGCUCAACGGCAUCUACGAGUUCAUCAUGAAGAACUUCCCGUACUACCGGGAGAACAAACAGGGCUGGCAGAACUCCAUCCGACACAACCUCAGCCUCAAUAAGUGCUUCGUCAAGGUGCCGCGGCACUACGACGACCCGGGGAAGGGCAACUACUGGAUGCUGGACCCCAGCAGCGACGACGUCUUCAUCGGCGGCACCACCGGGAAGCUGCGGCGGCGCUCCACCACGUCCCGGGCCAAGCUGGCCUUCAAGCGCGGCGCCCGGCUGACCUCCGGCCUGACCUUCAUGGACCGGGCCGGGUCCCUGUACUGGCCCAUGUCCCCCUUCCUGUCGCUGCACCACCCGCGGGCCGGCGGCGCGCUGGGCUACAACGGUACGUCGUCGGGCUACCCGGCCCACCCCAUGUCCUACAGCACCAUGCUGACCCAGAACAUGAGCAACAACCACUCGUCCUUCCCGUCCUCCAACGGGCUGAGCAUGGACCGGCUGGUCGGCGGGGACCUGCCCUACGCCACGCACCACCUGACGGCGGCGGCCCUGGCGGCCUCGGCGGUGCCCUGCGGCCUCUCCGUGCCCUGCUCCGGGGCCACCUACUCCCUGAACCCGUGCUCGGUGAACCUGCUGGCCGGACAGACCAGCUACUUUUUCCCCCACGUCCCGCAUCCGUCCAUGAGCACGCAGAGCGGCGGCAGCGGCGGCGGCGGCUCCCUGCAGGCCGCCCGGGCUUCGGCCUCCAACUCCCCGCAGGCUCCGUCCUCCUCCGCGCUGCCCUGUGACUCUCUGAGGCCGGCGCUGUCCGGCUCUCUGCCCGCCUUCUCCUCGGGACUGUCCGGGGGUUUGUCUGACUAUUUUACGCACCAGAACCAGGGUUCGACCUCCAACCCGCUCAUACACUAACACCCCCAGAACCUCACCCUCCACCCCCCUGUCCCCCUCACCGUCCCCCAUCCUCAGCCUAAAGACUGGAGCUGUAAGUUGAACAUUUACAUGUAAAAAGUGACAGAAUUAUUAUAAAACUACCGACUAUAGAAAAAGAGGAGAGACUAAAAACUGCAAAACAAAACAGAGCAGCAGAGAGACAGAGACAGAAAGCAGCCCUGAAGUUCCCAGUGGAGCGGUAAAAGUGCAGCUGCUGAUAAUAAUAUUGUGUCAGCCGUGAUGGAGUGAACAGAAAGUGGACGAGCUGCAGCUGCGACAAACAAAAAGCAGCGGUGACACGUUUUAAAAAGAUUCCAGUCCUCCUCCUCCUCCUCGUCUCUCUGGAAACAACAGCAGGUAAAACAUGAAAACACGUGUGAGCUCGGCCUCGCUGCAGGUGGAACAAACAUUCAAACACUCACUUCUCUCCACCGCCGUCAGGUUUUUCUGCUGCAGAGGAAAGACGGUUUCAGCCGGACGUCACUCAUUCUGGUCCAGACACACAUUCAUCCCAGUCUGAGCUCCAGUAGAAGCACAGAAUAAUAACCUGUAAAUAACCACAACUCCUCAUGGUUCCUUUGUUUUAGUUCAACAGUCACAGUUAAGGAAUUAUCUUUUUACAGAUCUCCAGAUUUGAUGGUUGUGUUUCUGUAUCUCAUUUCUUUCAGUCUUCUACUGAUGGUUUCUGGGCAGCGCUGGUCUGUUUCCUCCCAGUGGGGGAGGAAGAGGAGGAAAAGAGGGUGAGGAAGGUGGCGGUCGCUGGUUUGUUGCCCUCAACAUGUUUGUGAUGGAAGUCUGGGUUUUCCAGAAGGAACAUUCUGCUGCCAGACAGGAAGUAGCAUCAAUCUGUUGGGUCAGAGUGAUCAGCUGCUGCUUCUGUGGAGGUUAUCUAAAGGUUAUCUAGAGGUUAUCUAGAGAUUAUCUAAAGGUUCUGUAGAGGUUACCAAGAGGCUCUGUAGAGGUUCUGUAGAGGUUAUUUAUAGGAUCUAUAGAGGUUUUAUAGAGAUUAUGUAGAGGUCUGUAGAGGUUUUAUAGAUGUUAUCUGGAGGUUUGGCAGAUGUUCAGUAGAUGCUAUCGAGAGGUUCUAUAAAGGUUCUCUAGAGGUUCUCUUGUGAUUCUGUAAAGGUUAUGCAGUGGUUCUAUAGAGGUUGUCUAAAGGCUCUGUAGAGGUUAUCUAGAUGUUAAGUAGACAUUCAGGAGAUGUUAUCCAGAGGUUUUAUAAAUGUUAUCUAGAGGUUCUAUAGAGAUUCAAUAGAUGUUAUGUAGAGGUUUAAUGGAGGUUAUCUAGAGGUUCUGUGGAGGUUCUGUCAGACAGAAACUGGUUCAUGAAGUGGAAGUGGAAGCAGAGAUACGUCCAGACAGAUCAGUGAUCCAGAUCUGAAGGUUUGAUUUUCAGCAGCUUCCAGACUGAACCAUAAUUUAAACAUCUGAAGUUCUUCUGGUCUUCAGACCCAACAUUCAGUCCAUUUUUAUUUAUGUAGCUCAGAUUCACAGCAUGUCGUGGCACAGCGUUAGCAUGGUUAGCUAGUAGAGAACAGGAAACCCAACGAUCCAAAGUUCAUGAGUUCUGAUCUUCAGCUGAUGGCGGAUGAGGCAGAAGCUAAACUUCAUUUUUAAACCUCCAGACUGAGUUUUAGAGGCUCCUGGACACGACCAGCUGCUGUUUUAUUGCUGCGGUUUUGCGUCUCUUUGGAGUGAUCAUGUUUCUCUUUGCAAAGGUUUUACGUCUUUCAGUGUUUGCAGUGAUUAUACAGUUUAGUGAUUCUGUCUCUGCAAACAUUUUUUCUAUCUUUUCAAUUGUUUUGUGUCUCCUUGCAGUGGGUUUGUGUCCGUUCUUUGCUGUCUGUUAGCAUUUGCAGUGGUAUUGCGUCCCUUUGGAGUAAUCUUUCCUCUUGUUGGUAGUUUUGUGUCUCUGCUCUCUGGUUUAGUGUCGUAUUUAGAGGGGCUAAGCUGCCCUGACGAUGCUGUAGUUCCCUGUAAUUGUGACUUUUGUUUUGGUCUGGUUUUGCAUCUUUUUCUAAUCAUCACCUCUUCACAGUGGUUCCAUGUCUUCACACAGAGCUGAGGAGCCUUUUUGUUGUUUACAGCUGGAAUGUAAUGAACUACUUUGCUACGUGACAUUACAAAGAUGUUGCAUUUCAUUUAGUGAACGUGCAGAAUCCUGCAGUUUGUGGGUUGUUGUGUUUGUCGUCACAUGGUUGCAUGAGUGUGAAGAAAUAAACUCCUCCCUGUAGCUUCAUGCAGUUCCACUGAUGGACAACUGGUGGCAGCAAUGUGACGAAGGGUUGCGGCCAAAUAGAAAGAAGAGGAGAAGAACGAAGAGACGACAAACAGCAGGUUGUCUCCUCCAGUAGAAGGUAUCCAGAAGAUGUUCCACCUCCAUCCAACGGACGUUCCUCCUGACUGGUUGGGGUUCUUCAGAAGACAAUCCCUGGACCCAGUGGAGGUGGUUGGAGACAGGAGAAGCUACUACCCUGAUGGAGGACCGAUGGAAUCUUCUCACAGCGUGGACAACUGCUUCUCUGGUGAUGCCAAAAGAGGGAGACCGCAGAUCUUCAUCCUGCUGCUGGCAGUCUCUACAACUGCUCACAGUAAACCACAGGAGUAGAAAUUGAGUUUCUCUGUGAUGCAACAUCAACACAUCUAAAUCUCUGGAUGAACAAUAUUUGUACACUAGAAGGUUCUGUGUAAUAUCACUGUUUACUUUAUAGAGAAGAAUCUGUGCAAUGUCAGUGUUUUCUGCUCAUGAAUGAAUCAGUACAAUGCAUCUUUACUAUCCAUAGGUAUCUGCUUUGACCUCAUUGCUGCUGCAACACUGCAUAUUACCCUGCUGUGGAAUUAAUAAAGGAUUAUUUUAUCUGUUGUCUAUACUAUGACUCGACACAUCUGACAAUACUACUGUACUGCGACUCAUAACACAGUUGACUGUGACUCCCACUACUAAACUAUUUUGAUGUUGGAUGCUUGAAAAAGUAAAACAAAUUAAAAAGUGUGAUAUUUCAAUGAAAUCAUUGAUACUUCAAGAACAUCAGACUGAGAAUGUUUCCUACAAGAAAGGACGGAGUCUACAACACCACUGAUCAGGUACUUAUAAUACAGUCUUGACAUCAUUCCUCAGGAGGGUUAACCACCACUGAGUUGUGGAGUCAUCUCAGUUAGAGGUGAUCAGAAAUACCUGAAACAAUCCAUCAACCUGGAAAAUGCCGUGGGCCAUGAUUAAACCUUCAUUGUAAGUAAACCUGUAAAGAAAAUAAAACCUCUCCAAGAACAA